UCCACCUGCAGCAAUCACAGGGCAAUCAAUGCUGCUAAUAUUAACAAGUCCAAUCUCUGGUCCACUGGGAUUGGUGCCACAGCCUGUGCUUGGCAUGGUUGCUUUGUUCCCCAUUCUGUGGUGGAUUUUCAGAAAGGAGAAAAGUACAUGAACAUGGAUUACUCCAUCUACAGUGCUCUUGAUUAUCAUUCAGAAAGCAUCACAAAGGCCCUUGUCAUUUAUGAUGUUGGGUGCCAGUGGAAUAUUAACUUCCAGAGUUGGGUAAAAUCCAGCUGCUCUCUCCAUCUCCCUCCCUCCCUGGAAAUCAUUCCUGCUGUGGGGAAGUUUCAUCUUGCUGCCCACAAACUCUCUUGCUUUCCAAGAUAUAGCCUCAACUGUAUCAAGGGUGCUGGUCAUCUGGAUGGUGAAAUUUUGGAGACAUUGUGGGCUCCAUUCAAUAAGAUCUCUCCCACUGCAAGGUCUAUGACUCAGGCCCACAGACAAGAAGUGCACAAUGACCAUAUGAGAGAUUCUAACUGGAAAAAAAUUUUCAACAUGGUUCCUGCACUGUUGAAAAAAUACAAGACCUCACACAAGUGCCUAGAAGAAAUGAAUCAGGCAUAUGAGCAGUUGACAGCUGUUCUAGACCCUGCCCAACUUGCCCAAUGGGAGUUGGAUGUUCUUGAGGCAGAAGCAAAUCAAGGUGAUUCCCUAUACAUUUAUUUGUUGAAAGGGGAAAAAGGUCAGUAUGUUCCUAAGAAACCCUGGGCAUUGCAGUUAAAGCUCAUGAAAAAUCCACCUGUGUCCCCAGGGAGCCAUGGUUCUGUGGCUUGGCUUGUGGAAGGAAUUAGCAUAGAGGAUGCACAGUAUGGUCUGGACCAGCUAAGAUCUGAGCUUAGACAGAGCCACAUGUCUACCAGACAAGAAGUCAAAGUCUCAGAGAAAAGAAAAAGACUUUCUGCCAGGAUUGACAAAUUCCAUGGCACCAGCCAGGCAUUUCUCAAAGGUUUGGAGGUGGAUGGUGUCUUUAUACCCCAGGAUGAUCCAGCAUUCCUUGGGCAAGAGUACUGGGAAGAUGAUGAGGAUUUGGAGGCUACAGAAGAAGGAGAGGAGCCACCUGCUGAGCUCAUGAGUAUAUGGAUGCCCUCAUCCAUUGGAGCAACCAAACUGAUGGAGCUUGGCCUUCAUGACCUCCUCAAAGAAGAAAUGGAACUCAGGAUUGGGCAAGCUAAUGAUUGUCUAGACCAGCUCCAAACCAACCUUGGACACAAGGCAAUGUUAUACAGGCAGAACUUCCACAGUGCACAAUCAACUAGGGAAGGUACAAGAACCAAGCAGGACAUCCAAAAAGUGGUGGCUCAGAUAAACAAGCAGGGCAGAAGUUAUCAAAGGGCAAGGCAAGCCAUUCUCCAGUUGGAACCCAAUCAAGAGAUUGGACAAAAAUAUCAGGCUAUUCAGCCCCAGGACCUGGCAGUGAGUAAGGAUGUUACAGAGGAGAACCAGUUUGGGCAGGGAACCAGCAAAAUGGCAUGGUUUUGGAUGAUGGAUGGUGAACAGGGUCAACUGAAUGCUGAGAAGGGGGGUUUAAUGGAGGAGUUUUACAGGAUCAAUUGGCUCAAAGCAAGGGCAAGAAGGGACAGGUGGAAAAAAGAAUUGUCAUUGGUGAGGCAUGAGAUGGUUUGGGCCAUCUUAUGGUUUGAGUUCCAACAGGACAUAUGGGAGAAAAAGGCUCUACAAUUGUUGGAACCAGGGAAAAAGGCUUAUGCUCAUAAGCAGAUAGUGUUGUGGACUGACUUUUCCAAAAAGGCCCAAUUGAUGUUCCAAGGUAAACAAAUGGAUUGUAUUUAG